AUGUCGUUAGCAACAACUUCGGGAGGCGGCGGCUUCGGCGGUGGAGGAGGAGGUGGUGGCAUGGCCAUGUCGGCCCAUGCCAACGCCAUGGCGCGUCCAGCGGCGGCUCCACCUCCGCCUCAGGGAGGGAGCAUUCCUGGAGGCAUUGCUCCUCCUGUUUCAGCCGCUGCUUUGGGAGCUGAUUUGGUUGACAAGCAUCAGCAAGCUCUAUCGGCGAAACAGGCUCGUGGCGUCUCGCAUCUACCCUUGGUGGCCGUCGAUCUUUAUGCCCAUGAACCUCUUGUCGCCAUGUUCCCUCCCAAAGCCGAAGAAGGGCAGGCAGGACCACCGGCACUGGUAGGGAAAAUGAAGCCCGAUCUCUAUUUUCAGGGAAAUAACGAGACAGCUCACAAGACUCUGCGAAAAUUCUUGACGAAAUCCAAGGCAUUUUCGUCGCUGCAAACAGAUGCAUUGGCCAAUGCUACGGAUGAAGGAACUGUACGAAUGCCGCGUCCUCAUCAGUGGCUGGGAUUGCGACGUAGUGACGAUGCUCCCGAAAUUAUCAAAAAAAAUCUACCAGUCGCCUCCGAAUCGGGAGCUAUCGCGGAAGAUGCAUCGCCAGAUGUGGGUGUUUCCAUUGCUAAUUCCACGCUAGAUGGAUCCGAGCCUCUGGGUGAUGACUUUGACCGAGCAGUCUUUAAAGUGAGGCUCCACAAUAAGAAGAAGUCAUUGGCAGUGUUGCCCGAAGAAGGCGUACAAAUUCUACUACAUCAGGCGCAAUAUCAUGUUGCCAAAAAGGUUAAAGCCGACAAGGAUGACGAAGAUAUCACCGAAUAUCCCUUUGCCGUCGCUCUUCCUGCCUGGCAAUGUCACGAUGCUUCUGUAGAAUCCCUCAUGGAUGCUAUGGGUGGCAGUGGAGUCAUGUUUCAAAGAAGCAUUUGUGCCUUGGCUGGGGCUCUUCGUCCCGGACCAAAAGAUGGCAAACCUAACCUCACAUUGAAGGCACUUAAUGACGUGCGACAAGAACGUGCCAAGCAAUACCAAAUUGCCAAAGCCAAAGAUCCAGACGCGACGAUGGACGAAGAUGUUGGUCUCUUUUUGUUUGGCAUGACAGAUGAUGGCAUUGAAUGUACCGCAGUACAAGUGUCAAGUGUGCAACCCGACAAACCAGACUGCUUGUUUGGAGAUUUCAAGGUUCUCAGUAAUGUCUCGUACCAAGUGGAGGAUCCUGUCAGUACCUUGGAAAAAUGCGUCACGGAGCUUCAAUCCAACUUGGAGGCAAUUCUACCAGACAUGGAGCUUCCGCCAUCAAUCAUCAUCUACGGGUCAGCGCAACAUCAAAGCAACAUCCAUGCCAAGUGGGACGAAUUCAAAGCGAAAUCGGUCUCCGAAUGGAAGGAUAUUCCAGUACACACGACAAAAGCCGAGUGUGUAGCCAUGGGCACAGCCGUGCUAGGGGCAGUCAGUCAUGGUCGGAUCCGGACCAUCACGGAACAACAGGGCGCGAAACCCAAGGCCAUUUUGAGUAUUCGUGUUGCCAACGUAGCCCCGGUGGCUGUGGGCGUCAGUAUGAACUACCAUGGCGGUAAGAAAAAGAAGUGGGAGCCUGUAAAGACAAUUUUCGAUUUUGAUCGUCGAGUUCCUGCUGGACCGUAUGCCAUUGACUUGAAAGCCUCGGAAUGCGUAAUCCAUCGCAAAGGCUCCACGGGAAUGUCAGACGAAGACUUUUUGAAAGCAGCCAAGGCUAUCGAAGGAUCCAAGGGUAUUCCCGAGCGUGAAGAAGCCGCUAAAAAUCUACGUGUGCAAGUGUAUCAGAAAUGGAGUCGGGACGGUGAAUGGAAAAAGGUGGGCGACACCAAGAAAGCCCUAGUCAUUCAAGGAAAGGAUGACGAAGAAAUUGCCUGUGAACAUGCGGUCUUUGAGUUGAGUUUGGGGCCAACAGGCAUCAUCACCGCUGGUCUCCACGGGGAAGGGGAGUCUGUGGUGCAAGCUACAGUAUCGGCACGCAACUCGACCUUGCGAUACUGGAUCGGAAUCAUCUUGGCAGUGGCUUUCUUUGGUGGCUUUUUGGUCAAAUCCUACUGGGAAGAACGUGUCUUUGAGCGAGAUACCAAGCGAUUGCUGGCGUACUAUAAGCAUGUUCUUCCUGGAUCCAUCCAAGACGGCGACCAACAUAAUUCACGCUAUUUGGUUUGGAAAUAUCGAGGAAAGAAAGAUAAGCUUUGGAGGAUGCUAGAGAAGAAGUAUGGUGAACCAGUGCUGCAUGCUGAUGAGUGGCCUGACGCGGACGAAACACCUGCAGCAGACGAGGAAGAGGAGGUUGAGGAGAAUCUGGAUGAUGAGCAAGAGGAGGAGGAGGAAAGCAGUACUGGUAGUGAGCAGAAGGAAGAACCAGAUCUAUAG